AUGAGUGGGGAUUGGGUACGCCCAAACCAGGCUGUAAUCUGUGCUAUUUGGGUCCUUGUAGCUGCCAGCAAGGGGCCUGUGAAUGAAGUGCCACAAAGAAACACCAGGCUGGGAUGGGUCGAGGGGAAGCAAGUCACUGUACAAGGAAGCCUCAUGCCUGUCAACAUGUUCCUCGGGGUCCCCUUUGCUGCACCCCCUCUGGGACCCCUGCGAUUCACAGAUCCACAACCAGCAAUGCCCUGGAAUGGCUUUCGAGAUGCCACCUCCUACCCUAAAUUGUGCUUCCAGAACUCAGAGUGGCUGCUCUCAGAUCAACACAUGCUUCAGGUGCAUUACCCCACAUUGGAAGUGUCAGAAGACUGCCUGUACCUUAACAUCUACGCACCAGUCCCUGCUCAGGAGGACUCCAACCUCCCCGUCAUGGUGUGGUUCCCAGGGGGCGCCUUUGAGACAGGCUCAGCUUCCAUCUUCGAUGGGUCUGCACUGGCUGCCUAUGAGAAUGUGCUGGUUGUGACUGCUCAAUACCGGCUUGGAAUAUUUGGCUUUUUCACCACACAGGACCAGCACGCUUCUGGGAACUGGGCCUUCAAGGACCAGUUGGCUGCUCUCUCCUGGAUCCAGAAGAACAUCAAGUUCUUUGGUGGAGACCCUGGCAGUGUGACCAUCUUCGGCGAGUCAGCAGGAGGCAUAAGUGUUUCCAGCCUUGUUCUGUCCCCCAUGGCAAGUGGCUUAUUCCACAGAGCCAUCAUGGAGAGUGGAGUGGCCAUCAUUCCCUAUCUGAAGUCCCCUGAUGAUGAGAGGAGUAAAGAUUUGCAGGUUGUGGCACAAGCCUGUGAUUGCAACGCAUCAGACUCCCUGGCCCUGCUGAAGUGCCUGAGGGCAAAAUCCUCCAAGGAAUUGCUGAGCCUCAGCCAGAAAACAAAGUCUUUUACUCGAGUGGUUGAUGGUCUUUUCUUUCCUGAAGAUCCUAUAGAACUAUUGUCUCAAAAAUCCUUCAAAGCGGUUCCUUCUAUCAUUGGAGUCAAUAACCACGAAUGCGGCUACCUGCUGCCCAUGAAGACAAUCCCUAAUAUCCUUGAUGGAUCCAACAAGACUCUUGCCCAUCACGUGAUACACACUAUACUGAACAUUCCUCCCCAGCUUUUGUAUGUUGUGUCUAAUGAAUACUUUCGUGACAAGAACUCUUCAGUUGAGAUCCGAGAUAGUCUCCUGGACUUGCUUGGAGAUGUGUUUUUUGUGGUCCCUGCGCUGAUCACAGCUCGCUAUCACAGAGAUAGUGGUGCACCCGUGUACUUCUAUGAGUUUCAGCAUCGACCCCAGUGCUUUGAAAACACGAAGCCUGCUUUUGUCAAAGCUGAUCACUCUGAUGAAAUCCGCUUUGUCUUUGGAGGUGCCUUCCUGACGGGCGACGUUGUCAUGUUCGAAGGGGCCACUGAGGAGGAGAAGUUGCUGAGCAGGAAGAUGAUGAGAUACUGGGGUAACUUUGCUCGGACUGGGAAUCCGAAUGGGGACCGCCUGCCUCUGUGGCCAGCCUACAACAAGUCCGAGAUGUAUCUGAAGCUGGACUUGAACAUAAGUCUUGGAGAGAGACUGAAGGAGCAGAAAGUGGUGUUUUGGACCAAUACCUUUCCCAUGAUAAUGUCCACUUCUGAAGCUCUCCCCAGUCCCCCGUCUUCCUUAAUCUUGUUUUCUCUGCUCUUACCAUUCCUUUCCUUUUCUGCUCCUUGA